UGUUUGCUGAGAAGAAUCGAAUUAAAUUCUCAAUCUGUGUGCAGCACCUCGGCCAGCGCUCUCUUUCAAUAGAGCGUAGGACCUCCUGCGGUCAGGUCAUCCAGAUAAAGGUUGAAGCAGGACAGCAGAGGGACGGAGGCCGAGAUAUAUCAUUAAGUUAGAAGCUGUCCAUGCUGAGCCGUUUAUCUUUGCUGCAUCGGGAUCUGUGAGGCUGGGAGAAAAGACACCCGUGCACCCGCGAGCGCCACCCGACCCACCAUGAUGGCAUCCAGCGACGUGGAUGGCAGAACAGAGGGUUCUCUCUUUUCUGAUCAAAACCCAUCAGAAACGGACUCUCUAUGUCCGUCUCCUGGGCCAUCCAGACCCCAGCGGAACUAUGAGCGGAUCGGGGGAAGAACAGGAACCUCUUUCUGUCAGACUCUGAUCCAUCUUCUGAAGGGGAACAUCGGUACUGGUCUGCUGGGGCUGCCUCUGGCUGUGAAAAACGCCGGACUGGUGCUUGGACCAGUCAGUCUCCUGGUUAUGGGAAUCAUCGCAGUCCAUUGCAUGAAGCUCCUGGUGAAAUGUUCCCACCACCUCAGUGCAAAGAUGAACCAGCCAUCUAUGACCUACGGAGAGGUGAUGCAGUAUGGGAUGGAAAAUGUGUCAUGGCUGAGGAGCCGUUCACGAUGGGGAAGUCGGACGGUGAACUUGUUCCUCAUCAUCACUCAGAUUGGCUUCUGCUGCGUCUACUUCGUUUUCCUUAGUGACAACAUCAAGCAGGUUGUGGAAGCUGCCAAUGCCACCACCUCCAGCUGCCAGGUGAACCACACCAACCAGACGGAUGUCCUGGUUCCCAGUUUCGACUCCCGGAUCUACAUGCUCUUCUUCCUGCCCUUCUUCAUCGUCCUGGUUUUCACCCCCAACCUGAAGUUCUUGGCUCCCUUAUCUCUCCUUGCAAACCUGGUCAUGACCCUGAGUCUGAUUCUGAUCUACGUCUACUCCUUCAUGAACAUCACGUUUCCUAUUGAUCUACCAAAGGUCGGCAGAGCCAAGGACUACCCUCUGUUUUUUGGGACGGCCAUCUUUGCCUUUGAGGGGAUCGGCGUGGUCCUCCCUCUGGAAAAUAAAAUGCAGCAGCCGCAGAAAUUCACCCAGGUUUUGUAUCUGGGUAUGGGCAUCGUCACAUUCCUCUACAUCAGCCUCGGCACCAUAGGGUACAUGUGCUUUGGAGAGCACAUCGGCGGCAGCAUCACUUUAAACCUGCCAAACUGCUGGACGUACCAGGCAGUAAAACUCCUGUAUUGUUUCGGCAUAUUCAUCACUUUCGCCCUGCAGUUCUACGUUCCUGCAGAAAUCCUCAUCCCGCAGGUUUUGGCCCACGUGUCGGAGAGAUGGGUGAAGCCGGUCGACCUUCUGCUUCGCACCUUUCUGGUCAUCAUCACAUGUGUUCUCGCCAUCCUGAUACCGGAGUUGGACCUCGUCAUCUCAUUGGUCGGUUCGGUCAGCAGCAGUUUCCUGGCUCUCAUCUUCCCACCCAUCCUGGAGAUCUUUGCCUUUCACACUGAGGGUCUGUCACCACUGGCGAUCAUCAGGAACCUGAUCAUUAGUGUGGUGGGGCUGAUUGGCUUCAUCUUAGGAACUUAUAUCGCCAUCGUAGAAAUCGUAGCACGAAAUAAUGUCAAACACGAAGGGACACUCUACACCUACAUGGUGCAGUAGAACAGACUGUUGGGCCUUUCAGGCCAUCUUAAACCGUUCUAAGGAACAAGAUUUGUUUUAGGUUUUUAUUUGCUGCUGUUGUACAAGUAUUUUAAUGCAAUUAUGUCACAAAUGUACUAGUGUCACGUUAGAUUAAUUACAGCCAUUAGUUCAGCCCAAAAGUCACUAUAGAUACUGUAAAGUAGAAGAUGACUUCAUCAGAUUAUUAAGAGUAUUAGAGGUAAUUUAUCAUAGUCAUGUAAAUUCUCCAGUCAACACAUCAAACUACCUCAAUAGUUGUUUUUGGUUUUAACUCCCAGAUUCAGAGCUGAUUCUUAUUUGUUUUUCACCUCAACCCAAACAUCUUCAAGUUUGCAGCUUUGAGUGGUUUCUACUCACCAUCUGACAUCUUGACAGGAAGAAAACCUUGAUAAAUGCACUUUGAUUUAUGCCUUAUUGAAUAAAACAGCACUACUUUGGCAGUUUUCAGUGACACAUUGAAUAGUUUAAAAAUAAUGUUUUGAGAACAAAUUAAGGGUUAUAAACCAAACCUCGCAUUAUUUGUGCAAUAAUUGUGCUUUUUAUCUUCACUUAUCAAAUCCAUCAAUAUAUCUCUGGUCGGAUGUUUUAAAGAUAAAUAUAUUAUGCCAAAUUGUGAUUAGGGGGAUAUUUGGAGGAUAUUUUGCACUUUGUAUAUAUCGAUGCAAAAUAUGCAUAAAAUUAAGUGACUUGAUGCUUGCUAAGAUAAAAAGACAUAAUAUUUCCUCCAAUGCAAUAUCACUAUGUUGAAAUAUUGGUGAAAGGAAAGAGAAUUUCUUAGCGUCGCUAUAGUAUAAAUUUUAUUUAGGUCACAGAUUGAACAGGUGUUUUGGUUCCUUCUACAGUUAGUUUUUUUCUAUUUGGGGAUUUUUACCAUUAAAUGUUAAGCAAAACCAUCACAUCUUAUUCUAGUUUUAAACUGGACUAUUCAGAAGGUUUUUGGUUCAAGCCACUUUCAUAGCUGUACUAUGAUUUUCAAAUGUGUAGUUUAUGCAUCUCAAAGUGGUUUGUAGUUAUUAUUUUUCACCCAAAGUUAUUUAUCUGGGUUCACACUGUGUGAUGGGCAUUUUCCGCCAAAAUCUAAAAAUAAGAAAAUCUCUAGUUAUCAUUUAAUGUAAACCAUAAAGCAAGCAGUGAUACUUUCUGGGAUAAUCAUGCAGCGUGACUCCUGCUGCGACAGACUUCUGAUUCUUGUUACCCUGAUAUGAACUUGCCCGCCUCCUUUUUCUCCUCAUUUUCUUAUUUUCACCAUCUGACUCCAUUAAAAUACACAUUAACUGCUUUUUGUUUAUUGAUGGACUUAUAGAUCCGUCUUGUGCAAUUUUGUUGCAGUAACUAUGCUGCCUCCAUCCCCCUUCAAAGUUUCUCCAGAAAGUUCUAGUUUUUUUUUUUCACCUUUAUGGUGAAAGUAAGCCUUUUCGGUCCAUUUCUGUGCAAAUGUGAUGAUUUUCUGCACCGCAAAUCUAAUACAAGCUUGAACCUUUGCAGGCUGCGCACCGUUUGCCCCAGUCACAUCAGCCUCACUAACUCUAACUUUUAAAUAUUACAGGAGAUUCAUGAGGGGACAAAAACUUGCUUUGAUGAAAAUGGAUGAGAAGGCAGUAAAAUAAUUUUAAUCCAAAUCUUGUUUAAAAUCAACCAAAUGUUCAAAAUUUUCCUGACCAGAGAUGACAAACAUUUACAAUCUACAGGUUGUAAAAGUGUUUUUUCUAAAAUCUUGACAAAGAAGGAUUUGAUCAGAAGACGGAUGAAAAAGCUCAAUGAUCUAAAACUGUAGAAUAAAUCUAGAUAAGAAUCCAAACUGUUUCAGACUUGGGAGACGUGAUACUAAAUUAUGUAGGAGCUCUUCGGUGUCUUGAAAAGUUUUUUGUUCUUUAUUUUUUUAUUAUUUUGCUUUGUUUUUACUAAGUCUUUUUUUAUUUAAUUUUAUUUUUUAUUACUUGUACCUAACUUUUACAGGUUGAUUUAACUUCAGACUGUAUAUCAAAUAAUAAAAGAUAAUUUAUCUGCAUUGUCUAGCUGAUAAAAUGCAACAUGUACUGUAAAUUCACUGAACAGCUUCUGUACUGUUGUGUGUCUUCAGUGUUUAUUUGGCGGUAUCAACCAGCGACAUUUUUCAGCUUUUAAUAGAAAUCAAUUAAAAAAAAUCAUAUCCACAAGC